CGAGUUGCGCCUUCCGUAGGAGCCGGGGGGCGGCCACUGAACCCACCCCGCCUUUUCUGCCAGUACUUGCCCGAAGCUUGGUUUGGCGCCAUGGGGGCGCUUUGCGCACCAGAAGCGGCGCCCACAGAGCCAGCACAUGAGAUGUUCUUCCCCAUGUACGUGGUGAAGGUCAGCGACUUCCUGCAGAUGGAAGGCCCCCCGGAGUCUCACUGCGCGCUACUCGAGAAGGGCCUUCUGCACCGCUGGCAUCCGGAUAUGUUUGCGAUUUUCGUGUCUCACCAGUGGCUGGGCUACGCCCACCCAGACCCUGAUGGACGACAAGUGGCCACGUUGCGCGCCGCACUCCGCGGAGUCAUUGCGGGUAGCAUCGAGGUGGAGGCAGAUAUUGUCACUGAGUACGCGCAAGCGCGAUAUCCCCGGCACUGGCAGCAAGCAAUUGCAGAAGGCUACCUCUUUUUCGACUGGUUUGCCAUCCCGCAGAUCACCGCCCGAGCGGCGGGGGUGAACGAAGACGCGGUGAAGUCGAAGGCUGCCCUGGCGGUGCAAAGCAUCCCCGCCUACGUGGAGGUGGCCAACAUCUUUGUCUCGCUGGUGCCCUACCUCACACAUGUGGAGACUGGCAAGCAGUGCUCUUACGCGUCUUGGGUCUCGCGCGGGUGGUGCCGUGCAGAGCUGUGGUGCCACGUGCUGGCAAAGAAGCCGGACACUCGAGUGGUCAUCAUCUACAGCAAGGAGGAGUUGGAGUUCAUGUACCCCCUGCAAUGGCAGCAGCACUCCAUCACCACGGGGAACUUCACGGUGGAAAGCGACCGCGAGGUGGUGGUGAAGCUGGGUGAGCUGGCGCUGCGCAGCAAGAUUGAGUACCUCUCCAAAGCCGGGCCUUUGUCUCAGUUCCGCUUCUACUUGUCGCAGGUGCCAAGAUUGCUGCAGGAGAAGAAGCGCAGGAGCUUGGAGGAGUUCCUGGCGGAGUUUCGCUUCGAAAGCCUGCAGCAGGCAGUUCAGGACACCAGCAGCAUGACCGCGGUGAUGUGCGCGCUCUUCUCAGGGGACGAAAACAUGCUGCGCCUGCUGGUCAAUCAAAAGGCUGAGCUAAACUUCGGCUUGAAGGGCUUGGAAGGGAUGGGGUACUUCGACUCCCAGACGCCGCUCAUGGCGGCGCUGAAGUCGCAGCAGGAGCCGCGGCUCAUCGAGGCGCUGCUGGAGCUGCGCGCCGACCUCAACGCCGCCUCCAGGAGCCCGAAAGCUUUGGGAUGGCGGCCCCCAGCGGGUCCCACCCGAGGGUCCCGAUUCCUUUACGCCAAGUCGACGGCAUUCAGGACCGGCAUCAAGUGCACUUACCUGGUGCGGACGCCAGAACACGUGCAGGUGCUCCUCAGCGCGCGCGCGGACUUCAGCGUCGGGGGCCCCGCGCAGCUCUCGCCGCUCACCGGGGCCGCGGCCUUCGCCAACGCCGCCACAGUGAAGGCACUGCUGGACGUCAGAUGCGACCCGAACAUCCUGCAGCCCGACUGCGGCCGGUUCUUGGGCUAUGGGCCUCUGCACGCCGCUGCGAUACAUUCACGCGAGAAUGCGGAGGCCGUUGAGAUUGCCAAGCUCUUGCUGGAGCACAAUGCGGACUUGAAUGCGCGUGCGAACCCGAAGGGCAUUCUUGCCCCCGUCUUCUUCGUGGUUGGCCAAAUAUACGGCAGGAUGACUGGCUUGCAGAAAGCUUCCCGUAGUGUGCUGCUGAUGUCUUCCCUGCCGGGGGUCACCCCCUUGGGCAUCUUGUCCUGGGCCGGCAACGAGCAGAUGGCCCGGCUCCUGCUGGACCACGGCGCAGAGAUGCUGCCGAAUGACAUGGGCCACAGCCCCGAGGACAUGGCGAGACUCACGGGGCAGCUUCACCUCUUACCGCACCUCGCCACCUUCCAUGUCUGACGCGCGCCAAGGCUGGCAGAGAUACAAACAAAUCGAAGAAGAGAUCAUGGGGAGUUCCGCGCAAAAGCGGGGCACUCGCAAUGGGGAUCCAGAAGGGAGGUUCUUCUGAAAGGUAGGUCCUUAGGUCUUGUUUGGGUUCCAUUCCAAUCUGUGGGAGUGCAUGUCCUGGCAAAGCCCUCGAUUCCCAAAGCUGGUUGAGGUGCUUGAGACUGGGGCUCAGGGUUGGGCACAGCCCAAUCUUGGCGAAAUGCCCGCCUCCAAUCAAUAAUCAGCCUUUCCGUCGCACCAUACGGAACGAGGCUUCAACACGCUGAAUCAGCCUCGGUCGUUUUGUCCGUUUGCCGGCGACCUGAGUGAACAAGUCCAUGGCUACCAGCGAGUGUGGGAGAGGUCAGGUUUCCUCUUGGACAUGAGAACUUGUUUUGCCGCGACCUCCAGUCAAGUUCCAUGGUUGGCAGGCUUCCAAUUUGUCCAGGCCUGCCCAGAGCCUUUCUUCGUCCCAGCCAAAGGCUCAGGAUGGAGCUGGAAAACCCACGUCAACGAACCAGCCCUGCCGGUGGAGAGCUCUGGGGCCGAUAAAAAGUUGCGAAAUCAAGCGCCGCCAGCCUUGGACAGUGGCGAGAUCAGCACCAGCAGGG